AUGGAAUGUGAGCAAUGCAAUACUCAGGAGCAGACACUGGUCACCCUUUCUCAGAUCGCUGCUGGUCUUCUCAACUUCUACGUGGCCGCAUUCUCGUCCUACUCGAUUGCUGAACUCGAAGGAGAAGCUCCCCAGAGUGUAUACUCGACUUCGCAUGCUACACCCGCAGCCUCCUCACAUCGUCUCAUAACCCUGGCACCAGAUUUGUCCCCAAAAGACACACACACUAGCAGUUCUUCUUCCGCUUCAUCUCCGCCCUCCACUUCACUCUCAAGGAUAUGUAUACCCAGCCAAAUGACUCUUGGAGAGAGUCAACUGGACGCAUCAGAGUCUCGGAUACUCGCCGAACAACUCCUAGCAGACUGCUUGUUGGGAUUGGAUGCUUCGUUAGGAGAUCUCGAGACUGCCAUCGAUGAUAUACUACACAAUGAUCAUGCUUGGCAGACGAGUGGCCGAUUGGUAGCAACGAAAGCACUCGUUGUCGAGACAAUGAACCGGCUGGCUAAAGCAAUUGGACAGCUGCGGUUUGAGGCAGCGAGUUUUGGAAAUUGA